CUUUUCCUGCCAUAAACUUUCGUACUCCACAUCACUGUCACAGACCCUGCAUUCCUCUAAAGGAAAAUCAGAGUACCAGAAUUGAACCUCAGUACUGUGGCUGUCUAUCUGCAGUUUCAGCCUCCUUGUCAACCGGAAACUGGACCACCUGUCACCACGACAACCAGCAUCCUUCCUCCCUGCACAGCUCUCCACUCCACCUCGUGGUAGUACUGCUGUCCUUCCUUACACUCUGCUCAGCACCCCUCCCCUUUCUGUGCACUAAACUCAUCUGCCAGUAGCGUCUUGGCAUGGAGAAGGUGCAGCACAUCACACGGGCGGCCAUACGGCGGGCGUCCACCAUGGAGGUUCCCCAGCAGGCCAAGCAGAAUAUGCAGGAGCUCUUCGUCAACUUCUGCCUCAUCCUCAUCUGCCUGCUGCUCAUCUACAUCAUUGUGUUGCUAAUGUGAGCGGGAGGGGCCACAGUUUAUCCUUUAGCUAAUGAGGGUGAAGGACUGUACAGAGGGGCAAAUUACAUUGAGGGGUGGGAGGUGGGGAUCAGUAGGGCUAUUUAUUACCUUAUAAUCUUGAGUAGUUUAAAUAUUGGGUUAUACUGCCUGAUUUUCAUCCAAACAAUUUGUAAUUAGCACAAUUAGAGUAACAUGAGAACGACGAUACUAAGUGCAAAUUAGUGGCCAACUGAUAUGGGUUUUCAGUGGAUAACUACAGGUGACCGAUGGCCAAUUAAAUGCCGAUAUAUACUGUAUGAGAUACUGGCUAAUACAAUUUUCCUAUAACAACUGAGAUGUACACAUAGUCGCUGAAAUUAAACACAAUAAUGUAAAGGAUUAUAGUAGUCUGUAUGGCCGAUAUAUCAGUUUAUCACUAGAUAUUUUGGUCUACACGGCCAAUAUAUCUGUAUAUCAAUAGUACAAACAUCUAUUAAUAAUUAAUAGCACACUUCAUUCGAGAAAUAUUUGCUAUUACUGGCCUGACAGAUAUAUCGGUCUAUCACUAGGUGUAUUGGUCUAUAUGGCCAAUAUAUCAGUCUAUCACUAGUCAAUAUAUAUACAUAUUAUUUAUUAGCGUAUGGCUUACAUGCAGUAUAAAAAGACUGUAUAGUACAUUGUGUAAGCACAUAUGAUCCAAAAUAUGACAUAUAAAAGUAACAAUAUAACAGAACAUUUAAAAUUAUCAUAUAUCAAUGUCCCGCUGUGUGAUCCAUUCUAAUGCAGAUGGUAUUGCCUCCAUAAAAUCAAACCAAUUUCCCUGAUAGAAUCAGAGGUGACAUUCAGUGGCGAUGUGAUGGAUUUUUUGGUUUGGUGCGCCACAGUCGCACUGUGUGGGGAAGAUGUUUUUCCCCACUUAUGCAGAGAAUCUGCAUAUUUACCUUGACCGGUACAGACUUUCAAAAUAUCUAUUAAUAACGAAUAGCAUACUUAUAAGUUGUGUUUACUGGCCUGGUUUAUAUAUCGGUCUUUCACAAGUAUAAAAAUCUAUUAAUAUUGAAUGGCACAGUUCCUUAGGAAAUAGUUGCAUUUAUAGGCUUGGCCUAUAUAUAUGCCUAUUACUAGUACAAAUAUCUAAUCUAAUAAUACUGAAUAACACACUUCAUUAGAGAAAUUGUUGUUUUUAAUGGCCUUGCCGAUAUAUUAGCCUAACACUAGUACAAAUUUCUAUUAAUAAUGAAUAGCACACUUUAUUAAAGAAAUGGUUAUAUUUAUUCGUCUUACCGAUAUAUCGGUUUAUCACUAGAUAUUUUGGUCUACAUGGCCAGUAUAUCUGUCAAUAAACAGUACAAAUAUCUAUUAAUAAUGAACAGCAUAAUUGAUUAGGAAAACUUCUGUAUUUAUUGGCCUGGCUUUCUGUAUAUAUCGGUCUAUCACUAGUACAAAAAUCUACUGAUAUUGAAUAGCAUGCUUCAUUAGAGAAAUAGCUGAAUUUAUUGGCCUGGCCGAUAUAUAUGCCUAUCACUAGUACAAAUAUCUAAUCUAAUAAUACUGAAUAACACACUUCAUUAGAGAAAUUGUUGUUUUUAUAGGCCUUGCCGAUAUAUUGGCAUAUCACCAUUACAAAUAUCUAUUAAUAAUGAAUAGCACACUUGAUUAAAGAAACAGUUGUAUUUAUUGGUCUGACCGAUAUAUCGGUUUAACUAGAUAUUUUGGUCUAUAUGGCCAAUAUAUCGGUCUACACAAAUAUCUAUUAAUAAUGAAUAACAUAGUUAAUUAGGAAAACAGUUGUAUUUAUUGACCUGGCUGAUUUAUCGUUUUAUCGCUAGUACAAAAAUCUAAUAAUAUUGAAUAGCACACUUCAUUAGAGAAAUAGUUGCAUUUAUUGGCCUGGCCGAUAUAUCGGCCUAUCACUAAUAGAAAUACUGAAUCUGUUUACAAUGAAUAGCACAAUUCAUUUGAGAAAAAGCAGAGUCACCCUAUUUCUGGGGUAAAUAACGGAACUGAAUGGAGGCCUGUCUUCACUGUGAACUGAUGCUGCAUGCAAGUGUCUCUCCAUUUCUCAGUCACCAUCACUGCAUGUCACUUGCGCACUGAUAAAUGUUGUUUGAGCCCCCUGACUUCUUUUACCUACUGUGUCAAACUGAAAUUCACUUGCUCAAUAAACACAACAUGAUCUGA